CUGUGUUGUGUGUCCUCAGCUCAUAGAUAUCAUCCUCACAGCCACACAGACCAAACGUACCUCGAUAUAGACAGCCAGCCAGCCAGCAACACAUGCGCUCAUCCCAGAGAAAGAGACGGACCGACGCGCAUCCAUUUGCAGCACCCAGAGUCCGCGCACGCACGCACCCAGUCACAAAUCACCUUUAAAAAACAUCACACAUCCAGCCCACCAUCAAACCGAUUGUGCCAUUCAGACGGAGAGAGACAGACAGACGCUCAGAGAGAGAGAGAGAGAGAGAGAGAGAGGGGCUCGAGAGCCUCCUGUGUGUGGGCGUGGGCGACGAUUGUGUUGUUUUGUGUGAGGGAAAGGAAAGUGGUUGCAGUCACCUGACUACUCUACCCGUCCGUCACCCACCCCCGGGCUGGCCGCUACUUGCGCUCUAAAUAAAAUAUGACUUCUUCUUGCGUGGGCAUCUGCCCUGCUUGUCGUCAAAAAAGCCCUUCUUGUCGGGGUGGCAGGGCUCACAGUAGCCGUAAUUGCUACACAUGCACUCCUGGGUGAAGCCUUGUCCCCAAGGGCCAGUGGCUUCAUGGUAUUUGUUGCAAAUCCCGCCGAUCAUCUCGGGAGUGGCCACCCACGCGCCAGUCGCAGGGUCCUUGCGCCCGCACGGCUUCAUAGUGAAGGCUUUAGUGGACCUGUUGCAGAAAUCCGUCGUCGCGCCUGCAUCCACACACACCACCCACACCACACACACACACACACAUGGCGUUGGAUGACUUCCAGGAAGCAUAAUUGCAUACCGUGGUGCUGCUGCUGCUCUUCAUGUCCGUAUUCGCCGGUGAGGUGCAUCUCGGCCCGCUGGAUGGCGGCGAGUGCGGCCUCCUGCAUGGUGAGUGCGGCCUCCCGCAUGGUGAGGGAGCUCGUUAUCAUGCCCUUCAGAUCUACCACCUCCUGCUCGAUGAGCGUCAGCGCCGUAAUUGAACGCACGAAUGCAGGCGGCAAACCAUGCAGGGCAUUUGUGGGUGCUGUAGGUGGCACAUGUACGUGCGGGCCUCAUAUAUCUGCCCCUCACGCACGUAAGUACCUUCGCUGGCCUGGAUCUCCUGAGUGCGGCCGAGAAACGACGCACCUGCACAAACAGAGGAAGCCAGAGAAACAUGCCAUCCAUGGAUCAUUCCCGUUCGUGAUAGAUCUCGCCGCUCCAUGGACCAUUCACGUCAACGCCGCAGUCCUUCCCCUCCUCGCAGUCGGGGCCAUAGCUCCCCUCGCCCACCCACAUCUCUGUGGGCACACAUCAGUCAUUCAUCAGUCAUGCGGCCAUCCAUAUGCACAAAAGAGGACCGAACUCACGCAGUAUGGGCAGAUCAGUCAUGGUGGAUGGUUGGUUCGGCGCCUGUGUGUCCCCCCUCUGCUUACGUCGGUCAGAGUUGCGCUGGGCUGCCACAGCGGCCAGGCCGACCACCAGGAUGACGAGGCUGAAACAACGCGUCAUCAUCAUCGCGGCCCAGCAAAUCGCAGACGAUGUGCUCACUCGGCGACUAAGAGGCGCGAGAGAUUUCGCCGGAAC